AAACCUUUUGUUUGAGAGGAUGAAAACAAAUAAAACACAACACCAAAAACAAACAAGUCGGGAAUUUUUGCAACAGUUUCAGUAAAAAUGAAUGCAUCAAUCACUACAAAACUGCAGAGAGAGGCUGAAAUCGGUCCAGAAGUGGAAUGUUCCAAUCAGCAACAGAUGACAUCCGACGCGCCAGCGGAAACGGAAACACUGGAUAUCGACACAACCGACGAAACCAUCCAACCUCAGCAGGAUGCAUCCUCAGUGGUCGAUUUGGUCCGAGCCUUCAGCGCUGCCUAUAUACCCCUCACGAUGCUGCAUCUGCCCGGACUGGUGGAAUAUCUGCGGGCCAACCUGGACGAUCCGGCCGAUCCUAAAUCGUGCGAACAACUCAAACAAUGCUACCAACGGUUUAUCAGCGAGGAGCUGGAUUCACCGCCGUUAUGUUCCGUAUCAGGUUGCAACACUACUUACGCAGAUAAACGUACGAUAUUCGCCUUUCCGGACUGCAAGGAAUCCGUGAAACUUUGGAAGCAAGCCUUGAACUUGAAAAACCGAGACCGUUACGUAGGCGUAUGUGAGUUGCAUUUUGAGGAGGAUUUCCUGAUCCGUGAUGCAGGAAAGUCGCGGGUGACAUUGAUGCCUGGUGCAGUUCCGAGAAACUCGAAGAAACCACCAGCUGCAGAUACGGGUUUGACGGCGGUCAAUAACCACUGCCGAAUGUGCGGCCUGACGAUAAAGUGUUGCAUGCAGCACAACAUCACCGAACUACAGUCGGAACAACGGCUGCGACCAGUGCUGGACAUGUGCCUGGAGCUGAACGACUCCAUUCACCAGCUGCUUCCGGUGAUGGUUUGCGAUGGAUGCACCAACAUGGUACGGUUCAUUGGGGUAUUCGUUCAAAGUUGCUGGGACGCACAGCAAAAGUUGCUCCGAUCCUACGUAGGCACCACGAGCCGGAAAUUUGAACCUUGGAACAGAGUCUACCAGCAUGUCGAACCAACCGAAAGCGAAGAGUUCCAGAUAAUAUCUACGACUACGGAGACACCACAAGAACCAACACCACCCGAAGAAACGGUCACGUAUAUCACAACAGAGGAUGAACCGACCGCUGGAAAUUCUAAUGAUAAAAACGAAACUGCUCAUAUUUAUGCACCGAUCCAAGUUCGUGUCGACGAACAACCCUCGGAAAACUGCUCCGUCGAAUCCAACCUCGACACUAGCGACACACCGAAACCCAUUCUGGUUAAACCGGAACCCUUGGAGAAGGAUAUCUCGACAAUUGAUUCAGACAUAAAGAACGAUGAAAAUGACGACCGGGAAUUGAAUCAGCAAAGAGACCAACCCCCACUAAAGAAGCCCCGUCAUAGCAAGGAAGCAGCUUCCGGCAACACUGGCACCAGCGAACGGACUGAAAAGUUCACAUGCAAGCUGUGUUUGCAGGAGUUCAGUAAGCAAACGGAACUCGUCAUACACAGUCGGAAGCAUGUGCUCGAACACAGGACCGUGAAACAUGACGUACUGCUUAGCGGAUGGUUCUUCGAAACCAUCAAAUGCCUUCAGUGCAGGAAGACUUUCCCGACACCGGAGGAGCUCAAGGCUCACACCAGUGAAAUGCACAGAAGCGACGCAUACUGCCCGAUAUGCGGAAUGAGAUUCAGGAACAACGAAGUCCUAGAGCAGCACAGAAAACGUGCCAAGCGCUGCCUGAUAAAAGCAAACGAACCCGCCAAGAUCCAGUGAACCCCAGAAUGCAACUCACCGUAAUCGUCCAUUCCCAAUACGUCGUCACACACAUUCCUUCAUAAUGGCCAAGUUCUCAUAUUUUCCGUCAACAAGCAAACGGCUUGGCCGAGCCUCUGUUUUUAUGCCUACAUUAGCGCAUACGCGAACGUUUUAUUAGCAAAUAAAUCGAAAAGUCUUCUA